GACAACUGGAAACAGUUAAAUAUUCUCAAUGAGGAUGGGAUUAUGCAAGGGACAAAUGGAGAAGAAAGAAAAGAAUUUAUUUUAGAAGAGGCUCAUUGUAAGGAUUGUGGAAAAAAAUUAGUUUUAAAAGAUUUUAAUAUUAAGGAGUUAAGAGGGGUAUAA